UGAUUCGUAUGGGCAGUUCAUCAUGAACUAUCAUAUGAAUAAAAUCGAUAGUACUUUGUCUGAGUUAUUGAAUAUGUUGGUAACAGCAGAGGGCACCUUGAAGAGUUCAAGAGAUACAGUUCUGGCUAUGGAGCGGAUCUUCUCCAAAAGAAAGUCUUCUUUUAAGAAAAAGAAAAAGCCUACAAAGAAGCAGAAGAAUGAGGUCAAGCCCAAGAAACAGGUUCCAAAAAAGACCGACAACAAGGGAAAGUAUUUCCAUUGCAACGUCGAAGGGCACUGGAAAAGGAACUGUCCGGCCUACUUGGCGACUGUCAAGAGCAGGAAGAAGGACGAGCUUUCUGAAGAGUCUUGAAGAAGUCAGGGGGCUGAGGAAAGGC